UCAUAGGUAAUUAUUUGAAGUUUAAUUAAAAAAAACGUGUAUACCUGUAUACGAUUCUAUUGCUUAUAACUUUUGUUAGGUCACUAAUUACUUAAGUUCAAUACCGACUGUUUUCGUAUUUAUCAUCUAUCUCUAUUUAUAAUUCAAUCGAAGUGCAACCUCAACCAGUUAAGCCACAACUUUAAAAUGGUUCUCUCUGUGUUAGGUUGUUUCUUAAUAAUAUUCCUUUUGUGGUCUAUUUUCACGAAAACUUUUUGUAUAUUAACCAUGGGGUGGUGUAAAAGCAACACGUGCUUAAUUGGAAAAACCGUUAUCAUAACUGGUGGAACUUCAGGGUUAGGUUUUCAAACCGCUUUAGCUUUAGCAGGACGUGGAGCUAGGGUUAUAAUUGGGGAUGUUGUUGAUACAAAAGAAGCCCUUCAAAAUAUAAUCGAGAUAACUCAAAAUACAAACGUAGUAGGAAAAUUUUUGGAUUUAUCAUCUUUGGAUUCAGUUAGAAAAUUUUGCGAUGAAAUCAACAAAGAUGAAAACAGAUUGGAUGUAUUAAUUAAUAAUGCGGGAGUGGGUAGUUUACCUAACGGAUAUACGAAAGAUGGGUUGCAAGUUCAAAUGGAAAUUAAUUAUUUUGGACACUUUUUACUUACUCAUCUUUUAAUAAAUUUACUUAAAAAAAAUAAAAGUAGAAUAAUUUUUGUUAGCUCAAUAGGUGCAUUUCUUAAUAAUUUAACACUAGAAAAUUUAAACAAUCCCCCAAUAUACAACAACGAAUUUAAAACUAUUAAUAAAAUUUAUAGCAACAGUAAAUUAUGUCAGAUAAUAGCAUCGAAUAUAUUUGCUGAAAAAUUAAAAAAUACUUCGAUCACCUCAAAUGCUGUUCAUCCCGGAAUUGUGUGUACUCCAAUUUUUUCGAAUGUAUUAGGCACGAAUUAUAUGAAAUUCGCAAAACAAAUGUUUUAUUUAGGCCUAAAUAUUUUCGGAAAGACAGCGCAAGAAGGCGCACAAACUCAAAUUAAUUGUGCUUUAGCGAAAGAAUUAGAAAACGUUAGUGGGGAAUAUUUUGUGGACUGCGUACCAUUUUAUCAGCCCAAAUUGGCUAAAGAUAAGGAGUUUUGUAGAAAAAUUUGGGAAAAAACUGAAGAAUUAGUUAAAAUGAAACCAGAAGAAAAAUUAAUGAUUUUAGUAAUUCUUCGUAACCUCUGCAGACAUUGUUCUUUAUACACAAGAGAAAGAAACCGAAAUUAGUUGAUUAUGACUGUUCAAAAUUAGAUCGUGGGCUGCUUUUCUCCACUUUUUAACUCAGGGAGAUUUAAUGUGUUUCGAUAUUUUAUUGUUUAAGAUAUUUCGAAUUUUUAAAGAGAUCAUUUUUUUGUAUAAUA